CUUCUUCGUCGAUUCAAUCUUGUGCUUGAGCUAAAUACACGUCAAACAUGACAGCGUGCGCACUCUGGCAGCAGCUUGUGCCCAGCGCGGCUUGCGUGCUUGUUGUUGUGACGCUACUAUUCCUUCUGCACCAUCGCGCCAAGACCAGAAAUGCAGCAUCUAGAGCAACGGAUAUCAUCGUCGUGUUACAAUGACGCCUGGCGGCAUAAGGCCAAUGGGGCAAGUGACAAUGUGAAAAGCCGGCAUUGAGACCGAGGCAAUAUUCUAGCGAGCAACACGGCAGCUCUGGUGGAUGCAUACGACGUCUCCGCAAGUGUGGGGCAGUCCGUGGCCUUCUCGGGCCUGUUCAUCGGCAUCUUCAUGGCCGGAAGUCUCCUUGGCGCCGCCUUCUUGGCCUUGGUCCAGAACUUCCAGCCAGAUCUGUGGCGACAGGCCAGGGCGACCAUGAUGGCGGCGCUGACGUUGUACGUGGCUGGCCCGAUCCUGUACUGCGUGCCAACCGGGCUCAUCUAUGCUGGGAAAGGAGGAGGGGCGCUGGGCUUCCUCCUGCUGUGCAGCCGGUUGCUGCAAGGCCUGGGCGCUGGCGCCGCCUCGCAGCUGGGCCUGGUGUGCAUCGCCAAGGGCAGCGGGUCGCAGAAGUCCAGGUUUAUGGUCCGCUUCCUCUUCUCCAACAUGCUUGGGUGUGGCCUUGGUCCGCUCUUGGCUUCCUUCUACCAUGCUGCCAGUCCUUGCCUCGGGGACUUCGGCAUCCAAUUCUGGCAGCUGGGAGUGAUGCAAAGCAUCCUGGCCUUCGGCGUCCUCCUUGCGGUCGCGCUGCUUUUCCCAGCCUUGGACGACGAUCUGGAGAUGGCGAGGGAGGCCAGCCAGGACCCGGAGGAGUCCGCCUCGAAGCGGAAGGUCGUCGUGGGCUGCUUGGUGAUGACUUGCUUGCGAGGAUAUUUGAUCUCCUCCCUGGAGGGUGCCACGGCUCUUUUCCUUCAGCAGAAGUACGGGUGGGAGCUGAAGACCAUCGGCUUUUUUGUGGCCCUGACCUUGCUGGCCAGCAUCCCUGCCAAGCUGCUGCAGGGGCAGCUGGCAAAGUGCUUGUCGGAGAAGUGGCUAGUGCGGCUCUUCGGCAUGGCUGCCAUUGCGGGCGCUGCCCUGAUUUGCUUGCAGGAUGGAUGGCUGCUCUUGCUCGCAGAUUGUCUGCUGUUUCCCUGCAUCUACUUGGCCGACGCCAUCGGCCGGGGCGUCAUGGCGCGGCACCUGCUUCCGCAGGGCUGGCUGGACGCAAAUCGCACCUCUUGCUACACCCUGUUCCUGGGAGGCAUGGGGCAAUUCGCGGGGCCCUGGGUGACGCGAUGGUACCUGGAGCUGCUGCCCAAGCAGGUCUUGUAUGCCGGUUCGCAGGCGUCUGUAUCGGUGCUCUUCCUUUUGACCUUUGAACUGCUUGUCCGUCCGAACAUGCAGCGACCAGAACAAAAGGAUGCUACGGAAGACUCAGUUGCAGGUGAACGCAGCGAAAAGCUAGACGAAUCUUCUUCAGACACGAAGACGACUUCUGGCGGAGAUAUUGAGUCCGACGCUCUGUGAUGUAUCCACAUCUGCGUGCUGCAAAGCCCGGAACGCAUCUUGAAUUUCGACAGAUGAGAAGGGAAUCCCAAAAGUGGUGCCAGAGCUUUGAUGGGCAUUCAGUCACUCUGGCCAAUCCACUUGGUCUCUUGGUACUGUUUCUAGUUUAUCUUGGGUACUUUGACCCGGCCACUUGCGCUGGCAUUUAGCUUCCGCGGCCCCAAUACAGGGGGGCUGAUGGCUUCGCCGCAAUGUGAUUCAAAGUGUAAAGGUUUAACGUUGCUUGUACAGGCCUGAUGAUGAUUGGCUUGAA